GUGGAUGCGUUAGCUGGCUAGGAUCAAUCAACCAAACCCUCCGAAACAAACAAAAUUUGAAAAAAAAUAAAAAAAAGGAUUAGGACAUCGAGGCAGCUAAUGGCAGAGCGUCUGGCACUGACACUGUCACCACUGCCAUCCCAAUCUUCACCCGCCAUGGCUUCUUUAUUCGGCACCCACGCCGCCGCCUCUUCUCGCAUUGUCCCCAACACCUCCGCCGCUGCCCCUUCAACCAGACUCUCUUUCUCUUCUUCUUCCUCUUCUUCUUCUUCUUCUUCCACUUCUCUCGCCUCUCUCAGAUUCCUCAGAUCCUCUCCUCCCGUCUCUCAUCUCUUUCUCAACAGCAAGAAACGAUUGCUGGUGGUGCCUCUCGUAUCGAAGAGAGGUCUGAGCGCCGCGGUUACUCCGAAAUGCGCGGCCUCCGAUCCCGACCAGUUGAAGGGUGCCAGAGAGGAUAUUAAAGCGAUCCUCAAGGCCAACUUUUGCCAUCCUAUUCUGGUUCGCUUGGGUUGGCAUGAUGCUGGUACUUACAACAAAAACAUUCAGGAAUGGCCACAAAGAGGUGGAGCUAAUGGGAGUUUGAGAUUCGAGAUUGAGCUCAAACAUGCGGCUAAUGCUGGUCUUGUAAAUGCAUUGAAGCUUAUUCAGCCUAUCAAAGAUAAGUACCCUGGUGUGACAUAUGCAGACUUGUUUCAGUUGGCCAGUGCUACUGCAAUUGAGGAUGCCGGGGGCCCCAAAAUCCCUAUGAAGUAUGGAAGAGUGGAUGUCACAACACCUACAGAUUGCCCAGAAGAAGGGAGGCUUCCUGUUUCCUUUGGUGUAAUAGUUAUGAAAGAAGCAUGUACGUUGAGAUCUUCUUUCUUUGCCAAUGGAUUUUCAAGUGCAAUAGAACUUCCCGUUGCUAAGAAAAAUGCUGGUCCCCCUUCACCUGCUGAUCAUCUACGAGAAGUUUUCUACAGAAUGGGGUUAAGCGAUAAGGAAAUAGUUGCAUUAUCUGGUGCGCACACACUGGGAAGGUCAAGACCUGAACGCAGUGGUUGGGGCAAGUCGGAGACAAAGUACACGAAAGAUGGGCCUGGAGCACCAGGAGGACAGUCCUGGACAGUGCAAUGGCUGAAGUUUGAUAAUUCCUACUUCAAGGAUAUCAAACAAAGAAGGGAUGAAGAUUUACUGGUGUUGCCAACUGAUGCUGUUCUUUUUGAAGAUCCAUCAUUCAAGGUAUAUGCCGAGAAAUAUGCUGAGGAUCAGGAAGCAUUUUUCAAGGAUUAUGCUGAAGCCCAUGCAAAACUCAGCAACCUUGGAGCAAAAUUUGAUCCUGCAGAGGGUAUUGUGAUUAAUGAUGGUUCCUCAGGAUCUGCACCAGAGAAGUUUGUGGCAUCAAAGUACUCGUCUGGGAAGGAUUAAGAAACAAGUAUCAUGUUUUCUUGUGCCGUGUCUUUUAAUAAGAAGAAGCUAUUUUCAAAUCCUGUCAACUCACAUCUAAUGCAUGGAAGUCUUAAAUGAAGAAGAAAGGAAUAAAAUUCAAUAGUCUUACCUAUGUACUUGCAGAGAGAGCUGUCGCCGUCUAUGAAACAAAAGAUUCGGGCAGAGUAUGAAGCAUUUGGUGGAAGCCCAGAUAAGCCUCUACCGACUAACUAUUUCCUCAAUAUUAUUAUUGUGGUUGCUGUUUUAGCAGUUUUGUCAUCACUAGUUGUGAACUAGGUUUUCUGAGCUUAUUGAUGAAAAUUGCAUUGUUUAUGUGCACUUCGGUUUACUCUGGCAUUGCCGAUGAGUGAAUGGUGGCUCUUGUUGUAUCCAUACAAGUUUCAUACUGGAAAUGAAAGUAGUAAAUUAGGAUUUGUAAA